UUAUUUUUUUUUUUAGCAAUUUAUUCUUUAGUAUUUAUAUAAGGUUAUUAAUGAAUACGGCUUUAAAUUAGUUUUAAAGUUGACUUUGUGUGAAGUAUAAUUACUAAACAACUAACCGGAAGUAGAAUCUAUCUUCCACCAACAAACAAAACAGAGCUGGAUGUGUUUAAGCAGAUUCACUGUUAGUGAAGUUCUCUUUGCGGUGAACGUCUGUAGAUCUAAUAUUUGAUGGGAGAAGCGCAGCUAUCUCAUCACGACAGUCAGCUGAUUCUCUCACAUGACUGCUCUGUCUAGUUUCUAGUUCAGGUUACCGGUGCUGUGAAAGUUAUUUGAAGGGAAUCUUGUUUUUCCAGGACGGUGAAGAAUCAUGUUGAAGUUAUUUUAGGAAGGAGAUGAACAUCUGAGGAUAUCUGGACUUCCACACAGAGCUGACUAUGUUUCUAAUAUCACUCUGAGUCCUGCACAAAGAGGGCUAGCUAAACAAGCUUCAGCUGUGUUGAUGUGCUGUUCACACCUGUAGAUAUUUUUUUGUAUUUACUUCCUAGAGGAAUUAACACAUAUCCUGCAAAAAUGAGUCCAGAAGGGAAGAGGCUGUUAAACAUCGUUGUCCUGGGCUUCGGCUUUAUGUUUAUGUUCACUGCCUUUCAAACAUGCGGCAAUAUAGAGCAAACAGUUAUCAAGAGCUUCAACAACACUGAGUUCCAUGGCAGUGGAUACACAAGCAUGGCCAUCAUCUAUGGAGUUUUCUCAGCAUCCAACCUGAUCGCCCCCUCGGUGGUGACUGUCAUUGGACCGCAGCUAUCAAUGUUUUUCAGCGGGCUUUUUUACAGCGGCUACAUCGCUAUGUUCAUUUACCCGUAUACGUGGAGCUUCUAUACAGCGUCUGUGUUGGUUGGAAUAGCAGCAGCAGUCUUGUGGACGGCUCAGGGAAACGUGCUGGCCAUCAACUCCACUGAUAAGACUAUCGGAAGAAACAGUGGCAUAUUUUGGGCGCUGCUACAGUUCAGCUUAUUCUUUGGAAAUCUCUACAUAUACUGUGCCUGGCAUGGACACGUUCACAUAACAGACAAGGACCGUCAGACGGUGUUCAUCUCUCUCACGGUGAUCAGUCUGGUGGGUUGCUUCCUCUUCUUUCUGAUCCGGAAGCCUGACCCUGAACCAGCUCCCUCUGAGGUGACAGAGUCACUGCUGCAGGCAGAAUCCACAGAGAGCAGCUCCACAUCUGGCUCACCUCGCCCAAGCCUCAGCUCACAAGCUCUGGAUGCUUUUGUGAAAGCGUGUAAAAUGUUUGUCACCAAAGAGAUGCUGCUGCUGAGCAUCUCCAUAGGAUACACAGGCCUGGAGCUCACUUUCUACAGCGGUGUGUACGGGACGUGUAUUGGAGCCAUGACGCAAUUCGGCCAAGAUGCAAAGAGUUUGAUCGGCAUCUCUGGCAUCUGCAUCGGCAUAGGAGAGAUCUUAGGAGGGGGUGUGUUCGGGAUGCUGAACAAGUGCAGCCGGUUUGGGAGGAACCCGGUGGUGCUGCUGGGGCUCAUCACUCACUAUCUCGCCUUCUUCCUGAUUUUCCUCAACAUUGCCAGCGACGCUCCUAUAGCCCCGGAGGAAGGGACAGAUCUGCAGGCCUUUAUCACCCCCAGUGUCGGCGUGGCGUUGCUCUGCAGCUUCCUGCUCGGUCUGGGCGACAGCUGCUUCAACACUCAGCUCCUCAGCAUCGUCGGCUUCACAUUCCGCGACAACAGCGCCCCCGCUUUCGCCGUCUUCAAGUUCAUACAGUCCAUCAUGGCCGCUCUGGCCUUCUUCUACAGUAACUACCUGCUGCUGCACUGGCAGCUGCUCAUCCUGGUCCUGACGGGCUUUCUGGGCACCAUUACCUUCUUCUUGGCCGAGUGGUCGGUCGAGUCCAGCAGGCGAGAAUCAGAUUACGACAGCAUCUGAUGUUUGUCUGAUGAGGAUGAGGAGCUCCACAGCUGGAAGAAUCCCCCCCGGGAUGAUGAUGAUGAUGACGAUGAUGAACGUAUCCAAGCCUCUGCAAUCAGAGACACUGUGGUAUGUUUGUCUUUUCAUCCGGUCUGUUAGUGGCUGCAGGAACCAAAUAUUAAUCUCAACAUUUAUCUGUAAUUAAAUCAAAAGGCAUGAGGAGGAACUGUGUGCACACCAGAUAUACCUCACUUUGGUUCAUUCCUCCUCUUCGCAUUAUUUUGUGCACAUAAAUUUGAAAUGAAUCUGAGAAAAUUAUGUGAACAUUAAACUUUAAACAGACUUUGCUGAGGCACGAUGGAUAGGGAUUUGCUAAUCAAAUAAAAAGCACUUUUGAUUUGAGAGCCUGACAACAGUGAAAUAAGGAGUUGUGGGUAAUGGGUGCCACUGUCUGUGGGAAGAGAUCCUGAGGAAUAACACUGACUUUACUGUGAAUCAGCUGCUGGUUUUAAGACAACAAUGUCCCCAACAGCCUGUUUUCACAGCCUGCAUGUACUGACUUAAAGUACAAGUCUGGUGAUAUUAUAUAUAUUUUUUCUUGUCAACACAAUCCCAUGAAAAGACCAAAAUCAACAAUUAAUUAAACCUACUAACAAGCCUGAUAUCUCUUCUUCCUCUGAGCCUCCAUUAAAACACAUCACUGA